AUGACAUCGUGGCAACAAGAAGUACCGGCCCUGAGGGCAGACAUCAACGGCGAGGUUCUCCUGCCCGGCGAUGAGGGAUACGAAGACAGCCUCGUGCGAUGGUCCAUCGUCUGCAUCAAACCAGCGGGCAUAGUCGUCAAGCCAAAGUCGGCCCACGACGUCUCAGCAGCAAUCCGCUUCGCCACGAAACAUGACAUCCCCUUCACCACCAGCGGCGGAGGCCACUCCACCGCAGGAACCUCAUCCUCAGACGGCGGGAUGGUCAUCCACCUAGCAUCCCACCUCCGCGACGUGACAGUCGACCCCGCAAAACGCCUCGUCACCUACGGCGGCGGCUGCACCUGGAAGGACGUCGACGCCGCGGCCUGGAAGCACGGCCUCGCGACCGUCGGCGGAACGGUAUCGCACACGGGCGUCGGCGGGCUCGUGCUUGGCGGCGGACAGGGGCUGUUGAGCGGGCUUCACGGCCUCGCGGUCGAUUGUCUUGUUGAAGUGGAGGUUGUUCUUGCGGAUGGGUCGAUUGUUACUGCGUCCGAGACGGCGAAUGCGGACUUGUUUUGGGCGCUUCGUGGGGCUGGCGCAAGUUUUGGGGUUGUGACGAGGUUUACUUCCGAGGUAUUUCCCCAGGGGAAGGUGUGGUAUGGGGCUUUGAUGUUUGCCAACUCUCAGCUGCCUGCGUUGAUUACCUGGGCGAAUGAGUUUGUGGAGAAGAUGGAUGGAAGGCAGUUUGUUAUUAUGGGGUUUGCUUAUGGUCCGCCGGGGCCUGAUGCGAAGCCUAUGAUUAUUGUGCAGCCGUUCCAUAAUGGUACGGCGGAAGAGGCGACGGAGGGUAUCUUCAAGGGGCUCCUCGAUGUCGGACCGCUGGUGAACAUGGCGACUGAGAUGGACUAUCCGACAGCCAAUACGAUACUUGAUGAGCUCCAGGGCCCAGGCGCACGACGGCUGAUGGGCGGGACGAACAUCACCGCGCCUUUUGAGCUAGCCAAGUGGGAAGAGAUGAGCAGGGAAUUCUACUCUCGCGUCGACGAGGAGACCGCCAACGGUAACGACAUGCGGGGGAGUAUCCUAGCUGUGGAAAUCUACAAGAAGGACAAGGUGAUGAGCGUGCCGUUUGGGGCGACGGCGUACUCGAACCGCGGGACGUACUUUGACUGCAUGGUCUUGACUUGCUGGACGGACCCAGCCAAGGACGGCAUGAUCAGGGGCUGGAACCGGGCUUUGGCGGCAAAGAUUAAAGGGGAGAAUCACACUGGUGAGAGGGGCGGUGUGGGACAGUACAACAACUAUGCUAGCAGCGAUGUGGGUGUCAAGGAAGGGUUUGGGGAGAAUGCGAGGAGGUUGGUAGAGUUGAAGGGCAAGUAUGAUCCGGAGAACCGGUUCUCGCGCAGUCCUUGGAAGAUUGUUGCGUCGUAG